AUGUCCUGCAGCUGUGAAGUGGAGGGUAUAAAGGGCACAAACACGAACUUCGCGGUCUCCAAUCUGCAGCCGUCAAAAAGCUACUACUUCCAGGUUCGCUGCAUCAACGCCAUCGGCACUUCGGACUGGUCGGACCCGUCUGCACCUGUGAAAGUGAAGCAGGACGUUCCGUCCAAGAUGGCACCUCCCGAGCUCAUCGCCAGCACUGCCAGCUCCGUGAGUGUGAGCUUCACAAAGCCGGCAGACAUGGGGACCUUCGACGGAGAUUUGGUGGACAGUUACUGCAUGCUCUAUGCCUGUGGGCCACAGUGCGAGCAGCUCUUGCAAAAGUACAGUGAGGCUGAGGAUUCCGGCGACGUCAAGGUGAUCACAGACGUUCGUCCGACUUCUACCACCAUUGAUGGCUUGCGGCCUGGGGAUGAUGUCGCCAUUCAGGUCUUUGCGACGAACGAUUCAGGCGACGGGCCCCCGAGUAACAUCGCCGUGUACCGCACGCACGCUUCCAGACCAGAGGCGCCGAAUCCGCCAGUUACCAGCUCCACUGCAGAUGAGACCACCAGUUGGAGCACCUUCGUAGGGGUGAAGCCCAAGUACGACGGCGGUCGGCCGGUAACAUCGUUCGGUUUCGAGUUCCAGGAGUUGCGAACUGGGCAGACCACUCCAACGCCCGUUUGGAGGACGAAUCCACCAGAUGAGAAGGGCGUCUACUACUUCUGCAUCAAUCAGCUCCGCCCUGGCAACACCUACCAGUUCCGGGCCUUUGCCGUCAAUGACCAGGGACAGUCGGAUUGGUCGGACUGGUCCGAAGCGAUGACGACUCAGCCUUUUGCGCCAAGUGCCCCAACGGUCCCGCCCGUCCUCAAGGACCCUGACGCCUACAGCUUCCUUGCAACCUGGGACGAAAUCGAUGGAAACGGGGCACCUGUGACGGGAUGGGUCGUGCAGUGGUCGGUGGACUACACUUUCACUGCUCCGAAAUCCAUCAGAGAAGCCACGACGAAGGAGCGAGAGCACCGUUGUGGCCACUGCUUGCCUGGAGUCAAUAUGUAUGCUCGUGUGGCUGGAAUGAACUCAGAGGGCCGGUCUCACUUUGGCCCGAUUGCUUCGGUGAAGACCCUGUUCGACAAGCCGGUGCAGUGC